AGCUAAAAAAAACCUCCGUUCUGAAAGAACACGGCCAUCUCACAGACAUGGCCGCGCCACCGUCACCUCUCGGCCUCGCGCGCCGCGUAUCCGGCGCCGGCGCCGCCACCCCGGCCGCGGCGUGGUCCUCUUCCUGCCGCUCCAGGCGCCUCCGCCCUCGUCUCCUUCCUUCAAAGAGGUGGAGUGGAGUGGUGAGGAUGGGAGCGGCCGUGGGAGGGGAGCAGGAGGGCGAGGACGAGGAGGUGAAGCUGGCCAAGGAGAUGGCCGCCGCCCGGAGGCGAUGGGAGACUCUGAUUAGGGAGCAGAAGAUCAAGACUCUUACACCCAGGGAAGCUGGCUAUACAUUCAAGCUCACUGACAAGGUCCUCCUUGAUGUUAGGCCCUCGAAUGAGCGUCAAAAGGCCUGGGUGAAAGGCUCUACCUGGAUUCCUGUAUUUGAUGUGGAUACAUCGUUUGAUUUGGGUGGCGCCGGCAAGAAAUUCACCAACUAUGUGAUGGGUGGCUGGUGGAGUGGCAGCUCAACAAUGACAGUUAACAAGAACUUUGUACAACAAGUUGAGGAGAAGUUUUCUAAAGAUACAGAUAUCAUAGUAGUUUGCCAGAAGGGACUGAGAUCAUUGGCCGCUUGUGAGCAACUCUAUGGUGCUGGUUUCCAAAAUUUAUUCUGGGUACAAGGAGGACUGGAAGCAGCUGAAGAGGAGGACUUUGAGCGAGAAGGUCCCCAGCCUUUCAAGCUUGCUGGUAUUGGUGGGGUUUCGGAAUUUUUCGGCUGGACGGAUCAGCAACGAGCGCAGGCUGUGAAAGAAGGGCUGGGCUACCGUCUGAUCUUCACAGGCCGUUUGGUUGGAGCACUCGUGCUUGUCGACGCAUUAUUUCUUGGCGCUCAAAGGAUUGGCCCUCUGCUUCAAGAACUGCAAUCUCGCUAACGAAUAUCGGUCUAUGAGCAAACUGCUCUUGUGACGUCCAAGCUUUUCGAGCACCUCCGGCUGUGAGUUGUUGCGGCUCCGUAAUGUAAGCCCAUUGUACAUGUAUGGGGGAAAAAUCAAGCUUUCCAUGUUUUGAAUUUAUGGCUGUAGCCUGUAGGUUACUAGGUUUCAUCUCGUUUGGGAGGUAGAAUUUCCGUAGGAAUCUCUUUCUUUCGUAUACAAUUUGGUCAAAUUUAUUGUUCCCAAACAGGCCUGGAUCAUUGCUAUCAAGUUUCAAGGAAAUUAAUGGUAGUUCUUUACAAA